GGACAGGGCGCAGAGAGGCGGACGGUCUGAGGGAGGAGUGACACGCCUGGGCCAGUCCCCGCUUUCGUCACCGCCGUCAUCAUGAGCUUCGUCACCCCCCUCUCCACGACUUAGAGUCGCGGCGGGCACUUCCGGGAGCCCUCGGGUGUCGGUCUGUCAGCGCGCACUCACCCCGAGCGCGUCAUGACAGGGAAAGAAGCACAUUUCAAACUUUUGGGGAAGAAGUGUGUUCCAUAGAUCAUUCGAUGUGCCCUGUCCCCAGCUCUGUUCACCGAGAGCCCAUCUGCUGUGAGUGUCAGGCCAAAUUUGGGGGCCGCCUGCCGGUGCGCAGGGCUGAGGCAGUGCUGCCUUACUGGGUCCCUCUGUCCUUGAGACCCCGAAAGCAGAUCCAAAAGAUGGUCUGGUUUUACGUCCCCCAAACCACCAAGGCAUGCCCCUGCCCAUGCCACCACUCUGGGGGCCGCCUCCUGCUGCGUAGGGAUCAGGCUGUGAUGCCCUACUAGGUGCCCCAGGUCCUGAGGUCUCACAAGAAGGUGGUGAAAAGGCAGCAGAGUUUUAAAGGCAUCCCAGUGAACCCAGAGAAGACUCAGACUCUACCAGUUAUCAACAUUGGCUCUCAGGAAGAAACCAAUUUGCAACCUGGGGUUAGGUGGUAUCUGAAGUGUUUUUUAAGCUCUACUCUUCAAGUCCCCCUGGACGUGCGCUCUGGGUACAACCGCUGGAGAAUCUGUGAUGGUGAAGGGCGCCGUCUCCUCAAGUGGCAGCAGCUCCAGGCCCUUCACCAGGCUGCGCCGCUGUCCCCAGGGCAGCCAGCAAGCCUCCCGGCCUCCCUCCUACCCCUCAGCCUCAGCCUCCUGAUCGUCCUCCAGGCCCUACUGAGUGUCAUCGUGGCCCUCCGCUUCCUCCCACGAGCCUCGACCCCUCUAGCAGGGGAGCGGGCACCGUGUGAAAUUCUCUGAAUUGCACAUGGGGGAACCUUGCCCCAUCUCCAACUGAAGGGGCCAGAGGCUAAUUGGCAGGCCUGGCCGCAUCCUGUAUCAGCCCCACGGACGUGCACGCGGGCCUGGGAGCCGGGCGCUGCCGGGAAACGCGUGCUCCUUCUCUCUAUGUGUUACAGGCCCCGUGGUUCACCGUCUGCUCGGAAAUUGGAGUGGCUCCGUCACUAUACAUUUCCACCAGAAAAGGGUGAGAGUUCCCACUUCUGUGCAUCUUCACCAGCACUCGGCAUUGUUAAUAAAACUUGGUUUUCGAGCGUUUCACUGCCCCAGGAGGGCAGUGGGCCCCAUGUCCAAUUCAUCAAGUGCCUAAUGAGUGGCCUCGGAGGUCCUGGCCCACCCAUUCCAGAAGCUCUCUCUGCCUCGUAAAGGCUCUUUUGCCUUCGCCAAGUUGUCGGGAUCCUGCCAACUCCAGGCUUGGGCUGUGUCUGCCCCAACAUGGAUGGGAAGCUAGAAUCUGAGCACCAAGAGCUCGAGGCAGAAGAAUUUCAACAGUUACACUGCACACUUGCUGGAGGAUCGCAGGCUCAAAGCAGAGAGCUAGUGAUUUUGCCAGCUUCCUGGAUGUGCAUUCUGGUUCUGCACAAAGAGCCACAUUCCUUCUGGAAUCGGGACCAGGACACAGAGAGACAGCAGCAGUCACUGGAAACUGUCGUGAGGAUUUGAGAUUGUGAAUGAGAAGGCUGGGCCCCUAGCGUAUGCGAGAUGGACGAUUGGGUCGUGGCCAUCUGUGGGCCACUUCCCGGAGCCCAGGAACAAACGGGCCGAGGGGCCUCCUGGCAUCACAUCUCGGCCACCUACGAGAGGGGUGACCCCGGAUGUUAGCAGACGUCACUCAGGCAGAAGCUUGGAGGAGCUCUUACCCAUGUCCACUAGUCCUCGUGUGCCUCUGCUGUCUGUGUGAGCAGGGCCUGAGCUGCUCGGCUGAGGAAGGAUGGGAGACGCCCAUUCAUCCCAGCAGAACUACAGACAUGCCCACGGGAUGGUGAUUUUCCUCAGCCAGCGGGUUCCUGUGUGACUUGAGUGCAGCAGAACCACCGGAGAGGACUUGGACAGACCUUCUCCGUUCUGCUGUUCCCGGAAGGACAAUGGAAGCGGUUACCAACAGCCGUAUUCUUGGGGGUGCUUUCGCCGCCCCUCACAUCAUCCGGACAGCUGUCUAUUUACACGGUUGGCCCAGUGGGAAGACUGACCUUAUUUCGAUUCUCCUACUGAGAGUGACGACUCAGCCUCAAGCAUCAGGGCUGCCGUGAUCACAUGAGACACGGAGUUCAGCUUCUGCAGUGACCCCUGGAAGAGGAAGCAACUGGACGUUUCCUCUGCACAUUGUCUUGUGCAAAGAUACAAGGGAGAAGUUUCCUUGGUGCUGCUACGCUGCCAUCAUUUGCUGCCCGCAUUCAUGUCGGAAGCAACAUAUAUGAUUCAGCGAGAGGGAGGCUUAAGCCUGACAGACUCCACCUCCUGCUACACUGCACUCUACCCCCAGGACAGUGACGCCCCGAGGGAAGGGUCCAUUUCUCUCCAUCUCUGCGCCUACACAGCCCUGCACGCACGUGGGCCCGGAUGAUUCCUGGAGGAAGCUACCUCUUUGAGAUCCUCUCUACGCAAGUCUUCCCUGGGGCUGAUCCCGUCGAGCUGGAUGUGACCGAAGUCUUGUUCUAUCAGAUGUUGAAGGUUUAACGUCAGUGAAGGCUGUGGUAGAAAACAUCUCACAGGAAACAGCUGGCUUCUCCUAUCUGCUUCAUCAUUCAAUCUGGUGCAUAUGAAAAAAGCCUGGCCACACACACAGAUAUGGAUUUGGAAAUUAAGAGAUGUCAGCAUUCCUGUGGUCUGCCGAUCACCUCCUGUAUCCAUCAUGGUCCCACCAGGAAAGCAGCCUCCGCCAGAGCUGGGGUCCACCAGUGAGAGUGCCAGCCGGAGACUGGAGAGGGGGAAGCGGGACCCUCUCCUCCCUGAAUGAUACGCUUGUCUUCUGGGGAACGUCCGCGAUGUGCAGAACGCAGACGGAGGACUGAAUUCAGAUGGCAUGAAAAUUCACCUGGUUUUGCCACGUUCCCGUUCACCUGCCUCCUUGCACACCUGAGUUCAGGAGCCUCAUCCUUCCACUAGAGGGCGUGGCGUCAUAGAUGCCAACUGUGCCACCUGGGCUGUCCCAGUGUUCUGACCUCAGCCCUUGAGAAGCAGGUCCUGUCCAGCGUUCCCUCACCAACGGACACCAGGGCCGUGCAACACAACCACCCACUGCAGGCCGUCAGCAAACGGGCUGAAUGAAGGGCGGUCAUUAUCACAGCGAGAGGCCAACUGCCAGGCGUCCCACCCAUCCCUGAGACUCGACUCCGCAAUGGAAACCCUGCCGGGCAACACAGAAUGAGCCCAGGCGGUGCUGCGGACGAAGGCUGUCCCCUUAGUGGUGACCACGAGGUGCAAAGCCCCUGCCAACCGUGUGUGGACUUGCAGCCUGGGCAAGAAGCAGAACAUUCCGGUAGUGGAGUAACCCAAAAGGCAACGUCCCCAUCGAGCCAAGGACGUUCGUGGCUGUCUCUGCAAGGCCCUCGCUCACUGCUGGCACGCGCGGUUGAACUGCAGGCGGCCCCGAGCCCACCGCCCGGUGAGGAGGUAGGGAGGCCAUCCAGCGAGCACGGGGCAAUGGCAGAGGGGCUGUUUGCGCCGUUGGUUCCAGUCCAAGCUAGAAUGGCAUUCAGAGCAGAGAGAGUUUAUUUAAAGGACCCGAAAGGUUAAACCACUCAGUGUUCUGCAGAGUUAAAUCAGACGUGUUUUUAGCAGUCUAGGCAAGUUUGACCUGGGCCGUAUGGGUCUCAUAAUUUAUCCUACAGUCGGACGUCUCUUGAUUCCAGACUAUAGAGCAAAAUGCUGAGCAGGGAGCGGAAACCGUGAACGCACAUCUCUGGAGGCCGGCUCUGUGCCGUGCAUCCUCCAUAUGCAGCUCCCUGACCUCCCAGAACUCGGGGAGGGGGGGUUGUUACUGUCCCUCACAGAUGGGGAAACUGAGGUACCGGAGGGAGGAAGCCAGUGGCCUCAGGCGUCACAGCAGCAGGGGGCGGAGUGGGGCUCUGGAGCCAGGCUGUGAUCCCAGCAUCCAAGCUGCCUUCCCGUCAGCCUCCCGAUGAAUCUGAAUCUGCAUCUCCAGCCAGUCUCGCUCCUGGGCUCUUCCUGGGCUCUGCUCUUUGCUCCUCUGGGCCUCGGACAGGUCUCCUCCGAUACCUCUGUUACUGCAGACUCAGCGGGUUUAAAACUGACCCUGACCUUCACCAUGGAAGGGCCACCCACUCGUCCUACUCCAGACGACACUGGGAUCAGACGGGCGAUGGGCCCCACCCGAGGCCCCGGCCACGCAUCCCGGGCUGUGUCCCUAAAUUGCCGCCUGGAGCCUGCGACCCAUGCAGAUGCGCAGCCGCCAGCGUACCCCUGCUGAUCUGAAUCACCAAGUUUCAGCUCUGGCAUGUAAACAGCUCGGCAUCACUUCCAUUCUUACCACAAGAAAAAUCCUGAACAACCUGAAGAUCGAUGACUUUUCUCGGACACGUCAGAGAAUUGGGGUCAAAGGGCAAACCAUCAGAAGGUCUAUUUCGGCAGUGAGAUGGGGGCAUGGCACCCAGCUCCCUGAUUCACGGGCUCCUCGGAGUGUGAGAUGAGAUCAGAAAGGCAAAGCAUCUGAGCAAAGUGAAGGAUGCUCUGAAAGACAUGUGAUUAUCCUCUUCAAAUUCCCACUCAGCUGCUAAUCAGCCAUGUACACUUGACUUUCAGUUUUAACACAGGAGAGAAUCAGAUUUGGUGGUCUUUAAGGUCUGACAUUUUAGAAUCUGCUUUUGCUGUCCCCACCCUGAGUCUUCUCUACGUGGUCUGAAGCUACUUAACUGUAAGUUUAAACAAAUGAGCUGGAAUACUAUCGGGACACUGUCAUUUUUGCAUGAAUGCACUGCAGAUGAGUGUGUGAAACAUUAUUGAGAGAAAUGUUUAUGUUUCAACAUGAUCAUGAUAAGACAUGGAUUGCGGCUGAGUUUGCUGAUGUGAAAUCACUGAGGGGGAAGAAAACUGAAAGUGUUUUAAAAAAAUUUUCACAUUAGGUGAAUGUGUGGGAGGACCUAAUUUCUAGCAACACAACCUCAGAUGGUGUUGGAAAAGAUAGAGAUUGGAGUGGGUGACUUUUUAGGAAGAAGGACCAUGUGUUAAGAAUGCUUCCUUGCCAGCCCCUCUCUACACAUCUCCCAAAGCCAGCCCAAGACCAGUUAAGCAGAGAGUCAUCAACCAACGUUUUUGACAAAAGGCCAUGACUUUUGCACCUUUGCCAUAUCAUUAUACCUUGACAUUGAGUUCUUGACAUGCUGUGCUUGAAAUGUACAACUUUUAGCUAAUUAGAAGACUAAAAAAUGCGACUUAAUGAAUUCAAGACUUGUUUAUGCUAACCUGGCAAGGCGUUUGGCAGUGAAAAAGUGUGAUUUGGUGAACAUCUGAUUACGAGCCGUGUGGAAUUCCAUGUGCGGAGAGGCUGGGUUGGAUCGGAUUUUUAUUGAAGUGUUCUCUAGUAUGUGAACUAAUUUCCGACUACUUCAUAAAGACCCCUAAGCAGGGUUGACAAAGGAUUUAUCAUAAUUAUUGCUCUGGCCAGGAACAUGAUUAUAAGUGAUACACGUGUAAAUUGUGUUUAUAAAGUUUCCGAGUCACAAUUAAAACAUGCUGUAAUUUUUCUUCCUUUUCCCUUUUUUUCCUCCUAGUGAUGACUUGCCUUUAAAAACUUCCUUUUUUCUCCCUCAAAUUAAUACCUGCCAGAGAUUUCCUUUGGACAGAACAGACUCCCAACACAUACCCGUACACAUUCUUAAGAAGCUUUUGAUCUGCCAUUUUUUCAAACCCGCCCCCUGAAAAAGUAGUUCAGCUAUCAAUACUUUACAUAACCCUUCUGUCAAAGCCACAAGCUCAAAGUAAUUUGCAAAUGCCAUUCAAUACUCAUUCAGUGCUUAGCACAAGCCAUUUUAAAAUCAUAGAGUACACUGAGAACAUGUCAAAAAGGAACAGAAUGGGGUUCAGAGGGCUGAGCAGAAGGAAGGUAGGAAGAAGAAAGGAAUGUGUUAAGAGCCAGGGUAGAAAUAUCACUAUAGGGAAUUCCCUGGCGGUCCAGUGGUUAGGACUCAGCGCUUUCACUGCCGAGGCCCAGGUUCAAUCCCUGGGUGGGGAGCUAAGAUCCCACAAGCUGUGCAAUGUGGCAAAAAAAAAAAAAAAUCACUAUGUUGUUUGUUGGGCAUAAAGUUCUAUACAAUUCUACUAGAGCAAACUUAGUUAUUAUGUUAUUGUCCAUAUAUGUAUUAUUUUUGUCUCUUUGAGCUCUCAGGGUCUAAAAGUGUGUAUUUAAACAUCUCCAGGGGGCUUCCCGGGUGGUGCAGUGGUUGAGAGUCCGCCUGCCGAUCCAGGGGACACGGGUUCGUGCCCCAGUCUGGGAAGAUCCCACAUG